AUGGAAGUUACGCAAUCCCCUCUUUCUCUUCACCUCCAUUUUCCCCCUCCAAAUUCUCUUAACCACCACAACAAUAACAUCCACAAACACUUCUCCAAAAUCAAAUCCUCUACACGAACCCAACCAAUCCAAACCCAAAACCCCACAAUCCCCAACAAAAAAUUCUCCAAAAAACAUCAACAAUUCGAUGAAAAAGAUGCAUUUCCAGCAUCAUUACCACUCCACAAGAAAAAUCCCCUAGCCAUUUACAAAGACAUUCGAAGAUUUGCCAGGCAAAACCAGCUCAAAGAAGCACUUACCAUUAUGGACUACAUGGACCAACAAGGCAUCCCAGUUAACCCCACCACUUUCUCUGCCCUUAUAGCUGCUUGCAUUCGAGCAAAAUCAUUAACCAAAGCGAAAGAAAUACAUACACAUUUACGCAUAAAUGGACUUGAAAGCAACGAGUUCUUGCGUACAAAACUGGUCCACAUGUACAUUUCUUGUGGUUCUAUUGAAGAUGCCAAAAGGGUGUUUGAUAAAUGUACUUCUACCGCUAGUGUGUAUCCAUGGAAUGCCUUGAUUAGAGGGACUGUGAUAUCAGGUAAAAAAAGAUAUGGGGACGUGCUUACUGCUUAUCAAGAAAUGAGAGUAAAUGGUGUUGAAUUGAAUGAGUAUACUUUCUCCAAUGUCAUUAAGAGUUUCGCAGGCGCUUCGGCACUUAAACAAGGGUUUAAAACACAUGCUAUUAUGAUAAAGAAUGGAAUGAUAAGUAGUUCAGUUCUUAAGACUAGUUUGAUUGACAUGUAUUUUAAAUGUGGAAAAGUUAGGCUUGCGCAUAAUAUGUUCGAAGAAAUGCAUGAAAGAGAUAUUGUUGCAUGGGGUGCGAUAAUUGCUGGAUUUGCACACAACAGGCGUCAAUGGGAAGCAUUGGAUUGUGUUAGGUGGAUGGCUAUUGAAAGGAUGUAUCCGAAUUCGGUUAUCAUAACUACAAUUCUUCCUGUGAUAGGAGAAGUAUGGGCGAGGAGAUUAGGCCAGGAGGUUCAUUGCUAUCUUUUGAAGACGAAGGGUUAUUCAAGGGAGUUGACGAUUCAGUCAGGGUUAAUUGAUAUGUAUUGCAAAUGUGGGGACAUGGGUUCGGGGAGGCGUGUGUUUUAUGGAUCACGGGAAAGGAAUGCUAUUUCUUGGACUGCUUUGAUGUCUGGGUAUGCGUCUAAUGGGAGGCUUGAGCAGGCUUUGAGAUCAGUUGUUUGGAUGCAGCAAGAAGGGUGUAGGCCUGAUGUCGUAACGGUUGCAACUGUUAUUCCGGUUUGUGCCAAGUUGAAGACUCUGAAGCAUGGUAAGGAGAUUCAUGCAUUUGCUGUCAAGAAAUUGUACUUGCCAAAUGUAUCUUUAACUACUUCUCUGAUAAAAAUGUACUCAAAGUGUGGUGUUUUGGAUUAUAGUGUCAAGUUGUUUGAUGGUAUGGAGGAUAGGAAUGUGAUCGCAUGGACAGCCAUGAUCGAUUCAUAUGUAGAAAAUGGGUGCACAUAUAAAGCAUUUAACGUAUUCAGGUUUAUGCAGUGGUCAAAGCAUAGGCCAGACUCUGUUACAAUUGCAAGGAUGUUGUGUAUUUGCAGUGAAAUUAAAGCGUUGAAGCUUGGGAAAGAGAUUCAUGGACAUAUUUUGAAGAAAGAUUUUGAAUCCAUUCCUUUUGUUUCAGCUGAACUUGUCAAGAUGUAUGGGAGUUGCGGAUUCGUUCUUAGUGCAAAAUCAGUGUUCAAUGCCGUUCCUGUCAAAGGUUCAAUGACAUGGACGGCCAUUAUAGAGGCAUAUGGAUAUAAUAAGCUAUGGCAAGAUGCAAUCAAACUUUUUGAUGAGAUGAGAACGAGGUUCACUCCUAAUGAUUUCACUUUCAAAGUGGUUGUAUCAAUUUGUGAGCAAGCCGGAUUCGCAGAUGAUGCUUGCAGAAUCUUCAAACUAAUGUCUGAAAGAUAUAAAGUUAAGAUAUCUGAAGAACAUUAUGCUAUCAUCAUUGGACUUCUUAACCGUUCCGGUCGCACUAGGGAAGCUCAAAGGUUUAUAGAAAUGAGUAAUUUAUUGUCUUGA